CCAAGUGUGAGAGAGCGGGGAUGGUACGCCGCGGCUGGCUCUGCCUGCUGCCGGGCUCCCUCCUCCUGCUGGCCACAGCGCGCCAGAGCCGCGGCCCCGCCGCCUGCCCGCUCCGAGGAAAGCAAAGUGAGCUGAAUUCCUUCUUGUGGACCAUCAAGAGAGAUCCCCCGUCUUACUUCUUUGGCACCAUCCAUGUCCCAUACACACGUGUCUGGGAUUUCAUCCCAGAGAACUCCAAGGUGGCCUUCCAGCAGAGCCACAUUGUGUACUUCGAGCUGGACCUCACUGACCCCUACACCAUCUCAGCUCUCACCAGCUGCCAGCUCCUGCCGCAGGGGGAGAACCUCCAGGACGUGCUGCCCCGUGAUAUCUACCACCGGCUCAAGCGGCACCUGGAGUAUGUCAAGCUCAUGAUACCGUCCUGGAUGAGCCCAGACCAGCGGGGCAAAGGACUGUACGCAGAUUACCUCUUCAAUGCCAUUGCUGGCAACUGGGAGCGGAAAAGGCCGGUGUGGGUGAUGCUGAUGGUGAACUCUCUGACGGAGGUGGACAUCAAGUCACGAGGUGUGCCUGUCCUGGAUCUCUACCUGGCCCAGGAAGCAGAGCGGCUGAGGAAGCAAACGGGUGCUGUGGAGAGAGUGGAGGAGCAGUGCCACCCUCUCAAUGGGCUGAACUUCUCCCAGGUGGUCUUUGCUUUGAAUCAGACUCUCUUGCAGCAGGAGAGCCUCCGAGCAGGCAGUUUACAGAUCCCCUAUACGACAGAAGACCUUAUCAAGCAUUACAACUGUGGAGACCUCAGCUCUAUCAUCUUCAACCAUGAUGCUUCUCAAGUCCCAAAUUUCAUUAAUGCUACGCUUCCGGCCCAUGAACGUAUUACUGCCCAGGAGAUAGACAGCUACUUCCGUCAGGAGCUCAUCUAUAAGCGAAAUGAGCGAAUGGGCAGGAGGGUGAAGGACCUGCUGGAAGAGUACCCAGACAAGAGUUUCUUCUUUGCAUUUGGAGCGGGUCACUUCAUGGGCAACAACACAGUGAUUGAUGUUUUGAGGAGAGAAGGGUACGAGGUAGAGCACACUCCAGCUGGACAAGCCAUCAACAACAGAAAACCCACCAAAACCUUGUUAGCCUUUUCAUCAUCAUCGCUGGCACAUGGUCCCUACGUUGUGUCCCAGGAGCUCCCACUGCCACUGCAUCCCCAGAAGGAGGAGGAGGAGGAGGAAGAAGAGCAAGAAGAGCUGCUGCCUCACCUGCUGCUCCCUGAUGGUAUUGAUGUGCUGGAGAAGGUAGACAGGAAGUACAAAAAGAAGAGGAAGCAGCAGCAGAAGAAGCAAAGAUUGAGACAGUUUAACGACCUCUGGGUUCGCCUAGAGGAAAGUGACACCAACCCUCCUCCCCGCAUCCGCAUCAUUAAUGGCUACAUCACGGUUGAACCCCAGCCCCGGGGCCACGGACGGUCCAGUCAUGCUCAUGCGGACACUGGCAGCACUUAUGAGCUCUCCUGUUCUCUCUUCCUUACACUACUGACUUUGACUUUGCAUAUGAUAAGGCUCCAUUGAAACAUAGGGAGAGUCAAGCUGCAGGGCUCUGCAGCUUGCAGCAAAAAAGAAACUUAUGUGAAAAACAAACCAAACCAAACAAAAAUAGAAGACUCUGAGUGGGACACCUGUUCUUUGGGUGUUCUUAAACUGUCUCCUUUUCCUGAGUCUGGAUCAUUAACACUAUUAACUGGUUUGACCUGCCCAAUACAGGAGAAGAUAUUUUAAUAAAAGUGUUAUUUAUCCUUCUCUUACAGAAGAAUGAUUUCAUGUUAUCCCAUAAUCCUUUGGGGAGAUUAUAAUGUUGCUAUAACAUAGCUGUUGUUUAGCUGUGUGAGCCCAACUAAAUUACACUUUUUUCACCUUCAGUGCCUUGUAAAAUGAUUUACAUACCACUAACUUGUUUAUUAGAACAGAAUAUUUUGGUCAUAUGAGUGCAGCUGGGAAAGAGAGGUUAGUAUUUUAUGUCUCUACUGGUAAUGCUUGUAAUUCUUGCUUGUUAGGGCUCCAGAUCAUUGCAUAUAGAGGUUCAUGACAACACCUUCUACAAUAGAAUAAAACAGUAAAGACUUGUUAACAGAAUAUUUCUGCUGUCUGUUUGGUGCUGUUGUAAGAUGGGUACACCUGAACUUCCAGUAGCCAGACAAGUCUCGUAAGCACGAACUAAUGCACAUUUAAGAAAAACAAAUAGCCUGGGGAACUUCACAGUCAUAAUGUUGGACACUUUCAAAGUAAGUUCUCAAGAGGUGGUUUGAGAAGCCCAGAUGCAGGUUUUCACUCGCUUUCUAAUAUAUUGUUAUUUUAUAGCUGGAUUCACUUUUGGGGGAGAAAGGGCUUUCUUUUCCUUAGUUGCAAAGAUGCACUGCAGGCCUGACAAACUGAGCACAUACAUGUGUAUUUACCAGGGCAUCUGAGAGGGCCACCAAACACACUAGCAUCAGAGUGUGUUCUGCCAGUUUCUAGCCUAUGCGUUGUAUUGCUUCUCCCUCGCUUCCCCCUGUGUAAAAUAGCUGUUGUGUAAAGUAGCCCCAGGCUGACUUUUCCCUGUGUUCUCUCUUCCAUGGCUUCUCCUGAGCUUUGCCUCUGUGAGGGGAGCUGAGUUGAGUGGAACAGCCACCAAAGUUUUUGUUAGGUUGGCAUGAGGGAAUAGUAAUUAUAAACCACUCACAAAUAACAAGAGAUCCAAAGAAGCACUAUGGAUAAUUCAGUUCUGGCAGUGUAGCUAAUUUUGCAGCCUGUUUCCAAGUGUCUGACUGUGUCAGAGAAAUAGAGAUGUCCUGGAACUGAUGGGUUGUGUGCCUACAGAGGCUGCAUCCUGGGAGUCUUUCUGCAAAGUAAUAAAAUUCUGUCAAGGUAUUUUUGAGGGUCGCAGGGGCCUGGUUUGAUACCAGUGAACUAAAUUAGAGGUUCCUACCCUUCACUUCCAGACCAGUCAUUGGUGAUUGGUCCUGAGACACCAAAGUCUUGAAACUGUAACUGCUACAGAGAGCAGCUGCACAUGCUACUCAGCUGUUUGCAGUGACCACUGGAGAGUGCUAGAUUUGUGUCCAGUUGUUUCUUCCUAAUUCCAGAACAAGGAGAGUUUGCCAGAAUUGAAACAGCCAGAGGAUCCAUCCUGAUGCCCAAGGUCUUCCCAGGUACCACCCUUCUCUGGGCCACAAAGCAUCAGGAAAACAAGCAUUCCCAUCAUGUGCCUGGAAGACUUCACUGUCCCUCUAUCUGUCCCUCCUAAGCAGCUACAGUAGCUUUUGGUGCCUCACAACUGGGAUUGUCAGGCAUGUAAUGAGUAACAGAGUUGAUUCAGAAUGCACUGUGAAGGUGCAGAUACUUCUUCAGUGCAAGGGCUGAAACUUGUGUGUUGUUUCUUGUCCUAGGUGCCUCCACAUCCUUGAAGUGCUGUAACAAAGCGUUCCUUGUUAUAGCUGAACAUCCUGUUCUCCCUUUUCCUUUCCUUUGUACUUCCUAAUUAGUCUGUGCACUUUGCUGUUCCCCUCCUUGCUUGAAUUGUUUUCAUAAAUCAUGUCUCCAAUGUUCUCAGUGAACAGAUCUGUUUUGAAGUGAUUGGGACUCUUGCCAUGGGUUUGUUUUGGUCAAGAUUUCUAUUUCUCUGUUGGGAAGCCUGAUAUUUGUGAAGUUAUUAGCUGAAAUUAAAAACCUACUCACUUCAAAAUAUGCUGGUUUGAUAAUAUAAUUUCACACACCCUCUGGAUUAAAUUGUGAUGUUGGAGGAUAUAGGGUUAUAACCAUCACCGAUGUUCAGCCAUGUGUUGUGAAUUCUUGUGGAUGUUUGUUGCUUGACUCAUCUUGAUUAAUGGACUACUGUGUUAUGACAUAUCUGCUUUUUAAUUAUUAUAUGUACAUAGGUAGGAAAAAAAGGCCUUUUCAUCUGGAAAAGGGCUUCUUCAUAAAUUCCUGCUUCCUGAGAUAGUCAGCACUUGCACUUUAUUUCUGUUUGCUGGUGAAAUGGACCAGGUGUUAGACACUAUUUAUUUUGAGCUUCAUUGACCUUCCAGCAGCUACCUCCUGCAAUUUCACAGCUUUUCCUUUCUGUUCCUGGUAUCUUUAACUCGUUGAAGUUUUAUUUUAUGACGUGAUAUUUGGUUUGCAACAGAGAUUUCUUGUGACGGAUUGCAGGAGGCGUGACUUCUCCUAGUGUGCUUUCAUACACAACAAUGUGGUCUUAUCUGUCACAGCUUUUCUGUGAACUGUGAAUGCUCCACAGAGAGCUGAUGAUCCAGUGCUGGUUUACUUCCAAACCCUUUCAGAUUAGGAUGUGAAAAAUAAAAUUACCGAAAUAAAAAAAAAAAAACA